AUGGAGUCUAAAUCACAAAACGGCUGUCGUGUUUUGCUGAAACACGGAAAUCUGAUGCGGUUACUAGAUUUAGAACGUCAAAUUAUACGGAGAGUUGACAAUAUUCCGAUUCCGAUUUCUAUGAAUCCUAUAUCGAGUAACGUAAGUUAAAUAUUAUAUCUUAUUAUUUGUAUAUUAUAUUAUUAUAAAAAAAUAUUUUAGGUUAACCCAUCGCGAGAAACAUCGUCUAGCUACCAAACCUAUUCACCGCUGUCUCCACCAAGUUAUACGCCUGCGUCUCCGAGCUACUCCACACCACACGUAAAGGAUGAAAGGGGAGUUGAUCAUGACGAUGGACCUUUCGGACCAAAAUAUAUCAAUCCAUCGAACGAAGAAGAAGAUUAA